AUGCCAAAGAAAGCCAAGAAAGGAGGAGGAGGAAGAGGAGGAGGGAGGACGGAGGAGGAGCGGCUGGUGCUCCUGCAGCAGAGAGCUCAGGCCGAGGAGGAGACGGCCAAGAAGAAGGAGGAGAUCCUGACUCUGUUCCUCAGGGAGAAGCUGCAGAAGGAGGAGAAGAACACGGCGGUGAACCUGCUGAAGCUCACCGACGGGUGGCGCUCCGUGCUGCGCCGCGCCCGCUGCGGCGAGCUGCGGCGGGACCUCGAGGUGCUCAGCCGGACGUUUGAGCGGCAGCUGGACGGCCUGGACAGCGUCGUCAAGAACCUGUGGGGCGAGCUGCAGGAGGCGGAGCGUCAGGCGGCUCAGGUGCAGCGAGCUCACCUGCAGCGUGCGGAGCGUCUGCUGGCGCUGCAGCAGCGCCGGCUGGACGUCCUGCAGCAGCGCUGGGAGUCGGGCCUGCAGCAGCUCAGCUCCACGUUCAGCUCAGAGCGGAAGCAGAUCUCGGCGGACUACCGGCAGCAGCGAGACGACCAGCAGGGAGCGCUAUACGCUAGAGAGAAGCUUCAGACAUCAGCCAUGACGGAGAUCCACACAGUGUACGGAGAAUGCAUCGCAGCAUACGACAGCACGUACGAACAAAAGAAAAUGUCUCUGAGCAUGAACACGAAGGAGCCGCUGAAGCAGGAGAAGCAGCAGAACCAGGAGGCGGUGCAGCGGAGCAGGAAGGAGUCAGAGGAGCUCUCCAUCAUGAGCCAGAAGACCCAGGAGCUGAGGAGGACCACAGAACAAGACAUCAAGACCGUGAAGAGGCUGCAGGAGGCCGUCAUCCAGCUGAGGGAGACGCUGUCCGCCGCCAAGACAGAAGGACUGUCGGUGGAAAAAGAUCUGCUGGCUGCCAGGAACCAGGCGAAGCGGAGCACCCACGCCGCCCGGGACCAGCUGACUCAGCAGGAAACGGCGGCGAGGAAGCAGCUGACCGAGCUCACCGUCCAGAGCGCCGCCGCCGCCAAGAAGCUGCAGGCCGCCAUCGCCACGGGUCAGAAGCUCCUCCGAGUCGCCGACAUGUGUGGCCGGCUGGACGGCGAGCAGCAGGAAGUCUUAUCAGCAUCGUUCCCUUCAGAGACGCUGAGACCUGAGACAGAGGGACCUGAGACAGAGGGACCGGAGACAGAGGGACCUGAGACAGAGGGACCGGAGACAGAGGGACCGGAGAAGGAGAUGUUGCCGCUGAUGAAGAGCAUUAAUAAGGCCGAGCUGCUGCGAGGAGCUCUGAGGAGACAACGAGACGAUCUGAGCCGAGAGAACCAGCAGCUGAAGCUCCUGCUGGUCCAGCACCAGGACGCCAUGACGCUCGGCGGCGGCGACCUCGACGCUCUCCUCGCCGUGUCCCGCGCCCCGACCACCGCCGUCCUCCCGGACGGCGCCAGGCGUCACGCCGUCAUCGAGGCCGUUCAUGUCAUCACACGCUGAAACCUUUCAUUGUUUCUGGAGUUAUUUUAGCUGUGGUUUUUUGAUGAAAUGUUGAAAAUAAACUCACUGAUUUCAUGCGGAAUAAUAUUCAUUCAGACUUUUCACCCAAUGUUCUUUUUCCUGGAACAUUAUAACAAACAAACACAAUGAAAGUUUGUUUCAGCUGUAACUAAAGUUCAUUUUCAUGUUUAGUUUCAGUAAAAUGUCAGAAAACUAUUUCUGAAGGGAAAUGUCAGAUUUUUCUUCUUCCUACAGUUUUGUGUUUGCCUACCAGGUUGAUACAACCUGCAACUUUUAAAAGUUUGAUGCAACAUAGUUUUAUUCUGAACAUUGAAGAGAGAGAAGAAAAAAAAAAAGAGCGUUCCCUCUGAGCUGUUUGUUCUCUAAAACAUCUGGUUUGGACCAAAGAACUCUGCUCCUCUAAAAACCAGGGUCUGGAUUCUCAGAGUUAGGUGAGAACACAGUCCGAACAAAAGGAAGGCAGAAAUGAAAAAAAUAAAAAUAAAAAUUACAAGAAAGAAAACCUCACAAAUGUACGAGCAAAGAACUAGAAAAAAACACAAAAAACAAAAUUACGAGAUGUUCAAAUUUACAAGAAAAAACUUGACAGAUAAACACAGAUUCAUGAGGAGAAACAUAUAAAUUGACGAAAUAACCUACAAAUUUACAAGAAAAAAUGUACAAAUUUGCAAAAAAACAAACUCAAAUUUCCGAGAAAAAAACAUUUAAUUGAAUUUUUUAAAACGGAAAACCCCUCAGAUUCUGUCGAAAAGACGGACAUUUUUACACGUCAAAAAAUAGGUAAAAAUGUCCAAAACAGUUUCUAGGGAAGUUUAAACGUCAAACAGAGAAGCAGAGACAGUUUUUCUUCUUUUUCCUACAGUUUUAUGUUCCUGUUGCAACUCAUAAAAAGUUUGAUGUGAACCGGUUUUAAUUAACGGUUAAGAGAAAAAUAAAUGAAUGAGGAUUAAGACUUGUGGAGCAGAAACACUUUGAAUAAAAUUCUAUCAAUAAUCCCCUGAUUCAUUCUGUGAACCUGCUGGUUGGAACCACAGGACUAAAAUCCUGCAGAUUAAAUAAAUUCUGGAUCCUGGAGCAACUAAAAACAGGAACAACUGAACCAAAAGUGCAUUAAGUCGAGUCUGUUUGAAAGGCGUCGCCGACUUGGUGGUGGACUUCCUGAGGCUUUUAUUGCAGCGGGACAGAAUGAGGAGCGGAGCAGCAGCCUCUGUACAGGUACACCAUUUAAUAGUUAUUAUAGACAUUUUAUAUACAUUUCAACAGUUGUAUUCUGCUAUGUGGUACAAUCUUUAAAAUCUGAUGUUUCAUAGUUUGUAAAUCAAAAAAAAAAAAAACUUACAAAACUCAUCAAAACUCGCAAACUGAUCAGAACUUUUUUUUUUUCCAUUUUUUGGAAGACUAGAAAAAAUACUUUUAUUGUAUUAAUCAUGCAUUACACAAACAAAAAGUCUUUAGUUA